AUGUUCAACCAUGGACCUGGAGGAAGUGAGAAAACCUAUUCAUAUAAUAAUGUAUAUAACCUCGCCAUCGGACAGCGAGCUCAAAUAGUUUGUGUCGCGUGGACAGGAGCAGCAGCAAAUCUCCUUUCCGGAGGACAGACCGUAAACCUUCUUUUCGAGUUCAAUAUUGCGGGCGAUAACCAAUAUUCGUCAACGAAGCGUCAGCAAAAAGAAGCUAGCGGACUGAUGGCAAUAGAUAUGAUAAUUUGGGAUGUGAUUUCUAUGGCACCGAAUGCGGUUCUGAAACAGUGGAUUUUCUAUUGGACGAAUUAUGGACAAUGA